CUUAGAAACUCCUAUCCAAAAGAUCCGACCCAGAACACAACAUCCGACCAGAUCUGUCUCACUCGAUCAGACGUGUAAAUCAAAAACACCCUAAACCGAUAAUAAUCACCUGAAAUCAGAACCCAACUGCACGACGUUAAUGGAAUCACUCGUUGCAACACACUUCAAUUGUAUUCAUACAGUAAUACCCCUCAGAAACCCUCCAAUUUCAACCCCAAUUGCUAAAAUUAGGGCUCAUCGGAACACCAGUUUUCCCCUACGUUCCAAAAAAUCCAACUUUCAAGAUUUUCAGGGCUAUGCAAAACCCGCUCGCCUUUUGCCAGCCGAUGAAGUAAAACCAACCACAGAAACAUCAUUACAGAAACUUGUCACAUCUUUCAAAGAAGACACACAUGAAUGCUUAUACAAACUCACAAUUCGUACGAGUAAUUACAAUGGAUCAGAUCUAUCCGACUCAAGUUCUGGGAUAUUACUCUGUUUGGUAGACAAAAACGGUGACUCAAUCUUACAACGGAUUUCCGCGACUGCAAGUACAGAUAAUCCUCUGCAAUCAAACGAUCAAGAUACUUCCGAUUUGGUUCAGUUUCGACGGGGGGGCGUUGAUCAUUUCACUUUUGAAGGACCCGCGAUUGGAUUGCUUGAAGCUCUUUGGAUUGGCCUUGACUCAGGUCAGUGGAGGCUCGCAGGUACGAGCGUUACGUGUUGGUCACGACAUUCUUCUAACGAAGACGAAACUCACGAUUACAGUAUCUUCCAGUACGAUUUCAUGGCGGAUAACGUAUUGCUAGGUGACAGAAACGAUACCUCCAUGGUAGAACUUAGACCGGACAUAAUAACCAACAUUUCUACCGACAAUAUAACCUUAGAUCAAAACAUUUCCGAGUCAUCUUUACUAACGAGUACAACAACAAACGAAGAAAGCAUGAAAGAGUACGCCGAUUUAAAGUUCUCGUUACUGCUUUACGACGCACUCCUUAUCGUCACCGGAUCAACAAUCGCAUCGUUCACCGCCGGUGAAAACGCCGCAUUUGCGUUCUUGACCGGUGGAAUCGGUGGCUUUCUUUAUCUUUUAUUGUUGCAGAGAUCGGUUGAUGAGCUGCCGUCACCAGUUCUAGACCGAACCGGGGGUCUUGACCAGAUGUUUGGGCGGUUUAAAGGUCAGGUGACCACUUUGGCUUUGGCGCUUGCGUUUGCUGUUAUUGUUGUGAAACUUGGUUCGGGAGAUGAGUCACUUAUUUUGACGCCUAAGGAUAUUGUUGUUGGCAUGAUGGGGUUUCUGUCGUCGAAAGUUGCUGUCUUGUUGGCCGCUUUUAAACCGUUGCCGGUUGGUUCGAGACAGAGCUGAUGGGAGGGAUGGUGUGAUUGUAUAAACUAAUAGUCUUCAAAUAGUUAGAACUUUGUAUAUAUACAUGUAUAAAUUUAUAAAUAAUUUUAAUGAUACGCGGUCGGAUGUUACCAAA